AUGGAUGCUUCAUCUGUAGUUUAUAACAGUGUUAAAGCACAUGCUUCUGUUGCAACAUUACACCAAAAAGAGAUUGAAGGCGGAAUUGUUUGGGCACGCCAGCUGGGUGGGAGCUCGGUUGUUUUUCUGGGCCAGGGUGCCAAGACUUGGAAUUGGAAGCUCAUUGUUAGAGAUAUUCCUUUCAAGGCCAAAGAGAAUGAAAUAGAAGAGAUAUUUUCAUCAGCAGGGUUUGUCUUGGAUGUAAUUAUACCACACAAUUCUGACACAGGGUUACCUAAAGGUUUUGCAUUUGUCCAAUUCACACGCAAACAGGAUGCAGAAAAUGCAAUUAAAAAGUUAAAUGGACAAAUGCUUCAUAAAAGACCCAUAGCUGUUGACUGGGUUCUUUCAAAGCAGAUGUGUGGUAGUGUCACUAUAAAAUUCUUGGAGGAUGUGAAGAAAGGAAAGCUUGUUGCAGAGAAUUUCUCUUGUGGAGCUGCUUUCGUUGAGUUUACAGAGCAUCAGCAUGCACUUGUGGCCCUGAGAGUUUUGAACAACAAUCCUGUACCAAAUAAAGAAGAUGAAUUUGAAAAUAAGUUUAGUGAUGGAGCUGCCACCGAAAGACAGAGAGGUUCUAAGUGGCAGAAAAAUGGUCCAUUUGGAAAGGUAAAAAAGAUCUCAUCAAAGGUAUCAGGACAAUCAACAACAGAGAAGGCGGAAGGCUCGAAACGUGAACCAAACAAUCAUCAAGAUGGCAGGAAGGCUGGUGGUGGAAGAUCAUCCGAAGGAGAAACUGUGGCCAUUGAUGCGCAAAAAUCAAAACCUUUGAGAAAGACAAAUAUGCAACCUAAUAAGAGGAAGCUGCAGGAGCAGAAAGAGGUAGAGGGGGUGGGGGGUGGGGGGUGGUUGGGGGGGGGGGAGAGGGAGGAGAAUGUGACUAGGAGAAAGAGGCCAAAGAAGAAUAAGGACCCAUUAGGGAGGGAUGUUACAGAUAAACUCGACACGCUGAUUGACCAAUAUAGAUCCAAGUACUCGCAACGGAGCUCCGUCCAAACUGAUGGUGAAAAGCAAGGUUCCAGAAAGCUUAGUAAAUGGUUCCAAACAUAA